CGGUCUGGGCUCAAGGGCAGGUCCUGAGAGAAGACGGGAGGUGACGGUGGCCGAAAGCGGGCAGUGGGUGACAUCUCCCAGGGAGAAAGAGGACUGGGCCCGGGACGGAAACCCCAAACGCCUGUGACUUUUAAGCUUUGGACAAGAAGAACCUGAGGACCAGAGGAGGAGUGAGAAAAAAAGUGCCAGAGACAGAAAGAAGAGGAAAAUCAGGAGAGUGUGGCAUUGCGAAAAGUGUUUUAAGGAGGGAGUGGGCAAUGGUUACCUAAGAUAAGGAAGGACCUGAAGGAGUUCUGUGGAUUCUGCCCAAGGCACUAUUAUGUGGUUUACUUGUUACAUGUCCUGAGGAUCCACUGAAAUAUUUAGAGGAAAUGAUCAUGACUAUAAUUGAAAAUGGUCUUGAAAGUCUUCUUUGGGAUAUGUGCAUUGAACCAUCAAUGAAACCAAAAAUUCGAAGAUUGUCUGAAACAUACCUGGAACAACUUUUUGGACUGGAUGAUCAGCUGAUGACUCCAGAACUGAUGAUAAAAGCAUGUACAUUUUAUACUGGACGUUUAGUAAAGACCCAUUUUUGCACUUGGAGAGACAUGGCAAUACCUACUGUACGUGAAGAUGAGGUCCUGGAUAAAAAGAUGAAAAUAGCAGCGGCACGUUACAAUUUCAGACUUCAAAAAUCUGUAUUUAAUCGCUGGCAUGUUUAUAUAGAAAAUCAAAAAGAAAUAUUUAAUGAUAUAAUAACGCGGAUACGGCAGAUAUUCUGUUGUCACAAGCUGACAGUUAUCCUAAAAAUAUGGCGGGAGAAAGCAAAACGUAAGAAUAAAGAGAAAGAAGAUGAAAUGUUGUUAAAACAUGAACUUCAAUUGCAACAAUGGAAAGAUAAGUUAGCUGUCCACGAAACAUCCGUUUCUCAUGAUGAACAUAGUUUGUCUAAAGACUAUUUUGAAGGUGAUACUCAGGAAUUUGACAUUUCAUUGUUCCCUGACAGAGCAAUAUCACAGAUUUUCUUCUACCUCAAUUUGAGAGACGUGGUAAUAUGUGGUCUUGUUAAUCGUGCCUGGCUGUCGAUGAUACAGAUGAGGUCAUUGUGGAGUGCUAUUGAUUUUUCUGCAGUGAAAAAUGUGAUUACAGAUAGAUACGUUGUGUCUACUUUGCAAAGGUGGCGUCUCAACGUAAUGCGUUUGAAUUUUCGUGGCUGUCUUUUCCGACCAAAAACUUUCAAAUCUAUUAGCCACUGUCAAAACUUGCAAGAGUUGAAUGUCUCUGACUGCUCAACCCUCACGGACGAAUCAAUGAGACACAUUUCUGAGGGCUGCCCAGGGAUCCUGUUUCUCAAUCUGUCUAACACAAAUAUCACCAACAGGACGAUGAGACUCCUGCCAAGGCACUUCCACAACUUACAGAAUCUUAGUUUGGCUUAUUGCAGAAAGUUCACAGACAAAGGCUUACAGUACCUGAACUUGGGGAGUGGAUGCCACAAGCUCAUCUAUCUGGACCUCUCCGGCUGCACCCAGAUUUCAGUUCAAGGCUUCAGGAACAUUGCGAACAGCUGUUCUGGAAUUAUGCAUCUGACCAUCAAUGACAUGCCAACUCUGACAGACAACUGUGUAAAAGCUUUGGUUGAAAAGUGCCUUCAUAUUACAUCAGUAUCUUUCAUUGGAGCACCACAUCUCUCCGAUGGUGCUUUCCAAGCUCUUUCUACUUGCAACCUCAAAAAGAUCCGAUUUGAAGGGAAUAAAAGAAUUACUGACACAUGCUUCAAAUGUAUGGGUAAGAAUUUUCCAAAUAUGAAUCACGUUUACAUGGUGGACUGCAAAGGCAUAACAGACAGUAGCCUCAGGGCACUUUCACCUUUAAAACAACUGACUGUGUUGAAUUUGGCAAAUUGUGUAAGAAUUGGUGAUAUAGGACUAAGGAAUUUUCUUGAUGGUCCUGCGAGCAUAAAUAUAAGAGAACUAAAUUUAAGUAACUGUGUGCACCUGAGUGAUACCUCUGUUAUAAAACUAUCAGACCGCUGUCCUAAUUUACACUACCUGAGUUUACGAAAUUUGGAACAUUUGACUUACCUAGGAAUUGAACAUAUUAUAUACAUCCUUCCCUUGGUAUCAGUAGAUCUCUCUGGAACAGACAUCUCUAAUGAGGGUUUGAUGACACUUUCCAGACAUAAAAAGUUGAAAGAACUGUCUCUAUCUGAGUGUUAUAGAAUCACCGAUGUUGGAAUUCAGGGAUUCUGCAAAAACUCACUGAUCUUGGAACUCUUGGAUGUCUCUUACUGCACCCAGCUGUCAGAUGAUAUUAUUAACACAUUGUCCAUUUACUGUGAUAAGCUCACGUAUCUCAACAUUGCUGGCUGUCCAAAGAUUACUGACUCAGCAAUAGAGAUGUUAUCAGCAAAAUGCCAUUACCUGCACAUUUUGGAUAUCUCUGGUUGUGUCCUGCUUACUGACAAAAGCCUUGAGGACCUUCAGAUAGGCUGCAGACAACUCCGGAUCCUUAAGAUGCUAUACUGUGGACAUAUUUCCAAGGAGGCAGCUCACAGAAUGUCAUCUGUAGUUCAGCAGCAGGAACAUAGCUCUGAUGACCCUCCACGUUGGUUUGGAUAUGAUGGUGAAGGCAACCGUCUUGCAGAGACUGAGGGAAGAAUGCCAUCUAAAGGGGUCUUAGAAUUGACACUGAAAGACUCCCUACUCAGUAGUGAAGAGGACUAAGUGUGACCUUCAGCCUCAAGCAGGAAGAACAAAAUAUCUAGAAUUUAGCAACUUUUUCUUUUUUUGAUGCAAGUAUUUUAACCCAAUAACCAUAUAAACAAGCAACAAAUCAUCUUCUGAUUAUUAUUCCAACUGCAAAUGUUUCUAAAUACAUCAUUAGUCCUUCUGUCUAAUAAUCAUUAUUAAAAAAAGAAGCCAAAUCAAGUACUAUGCCACUAUGCAAAUUUUCUACCUAAAUUUAACUGAAUCAAACCAAAAGUUUUGAUGAGCUUAUCAAAUCUAAAGUUGUGGGUAUAUGAAACAACCCUGAGAGAUGUGACUUUUUUUGACAAGGAAUUUAGAAGCUUGUCUUUAGAAAGGAAAAAGAAGGCAGAGAUGGCCAUAUAAGUCAAGGAAGAGUUUGGGCCAGGAUGAUGACUUAAGGAUCUGUGAAGCUUCAUUAUAGAGAACAUAGACAUAUAUUUUCAAAGGGAGCAGGGCUUUCUUGUGAUUUCCAGACAUUUAACAACAAAAUAGAACUAAAUUCCAGUUAAUGCUGGAUUCAUCUCAACAUCUUAACAGUCAGGGGAAAAUUAAAUAAAAACAAGAACUAUCUGUGAACAGAAAGGAAGUCUCUGCAAUGUCUCAGAAAUAUCUUUUAAAUCAAAUUUGCACUAUAGAGGAAUUUUUAAACUAUGCUAUGUCAAAAAGGAUGUUCCCUCAAUUUUAUGCUAGGAGGUAUGGGUAUUUAUUGCAUAUCUCCAUAUUAAUUUUUACUAAGUUUUCAUCCACAUAUUGUUAUCAUUAUUUGUUAUUAUAUAACACUGAGGUUGACAAGCAUCCAGGACAAAACACAACCCUGUUCUGACUGCCACAAACAAGCUGUGUCAGUAAUAUUAUUAGAUAAGUCUUUUAACCUUUCCAUUUCCUCAAUUACUUACCUCUUACCUGGGGUUAAUCCCUUUUUGUAUCCCACAAAUUUGAAAUAAAGAUAAAAACUUAAAGGAUA